GUUCGCCAUCCAGGCAUCUGCACCGCCGUAUCCUCUGUUCGCUAUUGCGUUCGCCGUGAACGGGAUAGGCAGUGCAAUCAUAAAUGCCCAAGGGAACGCAUACGUUGCUAGUUUGAAGAAGGAUUCUGAGAUGUAUAUGGGAAUGCUACAUGCCAGUUAUGGCGCCGGAGCAUUCUCGGCUCCGCUAGUGGCCACUCAGUUCUCUCAGAUGCCGCGAUGGUCCUUCCACUAUCUUGUGUCCAUGGGGAUCGCAGUCGCGAACCUCGCCUCGCUUGUUCUAGUCUUCCGUUUCCGAUCGCUUGAUGAGUGCCUGGGACUGGUCGGAGAAUCUGCUGGCGAGAAGAGCACUAGCGACCGCAGUACUUUCCGACAGAUUCUUUCGCUGAAGAGCGUCCACCUGCUCUCGAUCUUCGCGCUGAUCUAUGUCGGUGUUGAAGUCACAAUCGGAGGUUGGAUCAUCACAUACAUCAUCGAUGUUCGCCAUGGUGGACCUUCUGCAGGCUACAUUUCGUCUGGGUUCUUCGGAGGCCUGAUGAUUGGUCGACUGGCUCUUCUUUGGGUCAGCAAAGUGAUCGGAGAGAAUCGAGUUCUUUAUCUCUAUGCAUUCCUGGCAAUCGGGUACGCAUUCCUUUUCCUGGCUCAGAAUAGCACAAACUGUAAACUUGUCAGACUCGAGCUCAUCGUUUGGUUUUUGCCCUCUCUGAUCGGCGGUGCGGUUGCUGUCAGUCUGGUCGGGGUGUUCUUGGGCCCCAUCUAUCCUAUCGUCAUGAACCGUGCUGCUCGCGCCGUUCCUCGGUGGUUGCUCUCGCCAUCCAUCGGCUGGAUUGCCGGAUUCGGGCAAACAGGGAGUGCCGC